CAAAUCAAUUGUAAAUCUCGCCCGGUUCAAACUUCAAAGAGCAGUGCAAUCAUAAACCCUCUUAUCUACAAUGGCGUCAAUCGCCACCGGCUCCGGCCAAUUCCUCACCCUCCGUCACCGUCGCACCCGCUCUAACCUCCCACCUCCACCCUCCUCCGCCUCCAUCACUACCUCCACCAUCAAAUCCCAAAAAAUCUCAUCUCAAAACCCUAACAAACCCCAACGCUCAAACCCUAGCUUAUUCUCCGUCAAAAACCUCGCCAUUUCGGCUGCAGCCGGUGUUCUGUUCCACGUAGCGUAUAAAAAUCCGUCCAGAAUCGGCCUCUCCGGUGGUAACGGCAACGGAGGAGCUUCCGGAGGUGGUAGCGGCGGCGGCGGUGGUGGUGGUGGUGGCGGAGGCGGUGGCGGGUGGUGGAGGAGGUUGUUGUCACCUGAAGCUAAUGCAGAUGAGAAUCAGUCAUCAGAAUGGGAUUCACAUGGAUUACCAGCUGAUAUUGUUGUUCAAUUGAACAAACUUAGUGGAUUUAAAAAGUAUAAGGUAUCUGAUUUAGUGUUUCUAGAUAAACUUAAGUCUGUUACUGUAGGUUCAGAUGAUUCGUUUUUCGAAAUGGUUUCGAUUAAAGCGGGUGGUGUGUACACCAAAGCUCAGUUACAGAAAGAGCUAGAAACCCUAGCUACUUGUGGUAUGUUUGAGAAAGUCGAUUUAGAAGCGAAAACUAACGCAGAUGGAACGGUAGGUUUGACGGUGUCGUUUAACGAGAGUACGUGGGAAGAGGCUGAUCAUUUUAGGUGUAUUAAUGUGGGAUUGAUGCAACAGUCGAAAACCGUUGAUAUGGAUGAUAAUAUGACUGAGAAGGAAAAGAUGGAUUAUAUGAGGAGUCAGGAGCGGGAUUAUCGGAGACGGAUGGAUCGCGCGAGACCGUGUAUGUUGCCGAGAUCGGUUCACGGUGAGAUUUUGCAGAUAUUGGGGCAGGGGAAUGUGAGUGCUAGAAUGUUGCAGAAUAUUAGGGAUAGGGUUCAGAAAUGGUAUCAUGAUGAAGGGUAUGCGUGUGCUCAGGUUGUGAAUUUCGGGAAUUUGAAUACGAAUGAAGUUGUUUGUGAGGUGGUGGAAGGUGAUAUUACUCGGGUUGUGAUUCAGUUUCAAGAUAAACUUGGGAAUGUGUGUGAAGGGAACACUCAAAUUGGGGUAGUGAAACGAGAAUUGCCUAAACAGCUUCAAAAGGGGAAUGUUUUCAACAUUGAAGCCGGAAAGCAGGCAUUGCGUAACAUUAAUUCGCUAUCUUUAUUUUCAAAUAUUGAAGUUAAUCCACGCCCAGAUGAGAAAAACGAGGGUGGAAUUAUCGUUGAAAUUAAGCUUAAAGAACUCGAGCAAAAAUCAGCUGAAGUCAGUACUGAAUGGAGUAUCAUUCCUGGACGUGGGGGCCGUCCUACUUUGGCUUCAAUCCAGCCUGGUGGAACUGUAUCUUUUGAGCAUCGGAACAUCAAAGGGCUUAAUAGAUCUCUUCUUGGUUCCGUGACCACUAGUAACUUUCUUAAUCCUCAGGAUGAUCUUGCCUUUAAGCUCGAAUACGUGCAUCCUUACUUAGAUGGUGUAACUAAUUCCCGCAAUCGCACUUUGCGUACAAGUGUUUUCAACAGCAGAAAACUCAGCCCAGUUUUCACAGGUGGGCCCGGAGUGGAUGAAGUUCCUCCUAUAUGGGUUGAUAGAGCUGGCGUCAAAACCAAUAUUACUGAGAAUUUUACUCGUCAAAGCAAGUUUACAUAUGGAAUUGUAAUGGAAGAGAUAACAACACGUGAUGAAAGUAGUCAUGUUUCUGCAAAUGGUCAAAGGGUUUUGCCAAGUGGCGGUAUUAGUGCAGAUGGCCCGCCAACAACACUAAGCGGGACCGGUGUAGACCGAAUGGUAUUUGCACAAGCAAAUAUUACUAGAGAUAACACCAAGUUUGUCAAUGGUGCAAUCGUUGGUGAGAGAAACGUGUUUCAGCUUGAUCAAGGGUUGGGCAUUGGCAGCAAGUUCCCGAUUUUCAACCGUCACCAACUAACAAUGACGAAGUUUAUUCAACUGAAGGAAGUAGAAGAAGGCGCCGGCAAACCACCGCCUCCUGUGCUUGUUCUUCAUGGUCAUUACGGUGGUUGUGUGGGUGACCUUCCUAGUUAUGACGCAUUUACCCUCGGUGGACCCUACUCUGUUAGGGGUUACAACAUGGGCGAGAUUGGUGCUGCUAGAAAUAUCCUUGAGCUUGCGGCUGAAAUACGUAUACCAGUGAGGAAUACACACGUAUAUGCAUUUGCAGAACACGGGAAUGAUCUGGGGAGUUCGAAAGAUGUGAAAGGAAACCCAACUGAGGUUUACAGGCGAAUGGGUCAGGGUUCAUCGUAUGGUGUUGGGGCUAAACUGGGGUUGGUGCGUGCGGAAUAUGCUAUUGAUCACAAUUCAGGGACUGGUGCGUUGUUUUUCAGGUUUGGUGAGAGAUUUUAAUAAUUUUUGUUAGUUAUUCGGUUUUUUUGCGACUUGGAUAAAAAGGUUCUUGUGUGAGAGAUUUAAACCCAAGUGUCGUGUAGAAGAUUUAAACCCAAGUUUGGUGUAGAAUAUUAAUGAUUUUACUUGAAUCAAGUUGAGAUGACUUGUUGACAAAGGCCUAAUGUUUUGAAUU